CUCGGCCAAGGGAAUCUCUGAGCUGGCCCCCUCUCCCACGUGUACAUAUAUCCGUGCGUAUGCUGCUCAGUCUCAUAAACCGGUCCCCACUCAGUGUCCAACUUUCCAGCGCGAGACACAUGCACUAGUAGAAGGCUAAGACGAUGUCGGUGACGGGCGAGCCGUUGAAACACCCCCUGGCGGAGCGUCUGAGUGCCGGGUUCGGCCACCGCUAUCGGGAGGGCUUCGUGGUGACGCAGCCCGGUGGCAUCGUGAUGGCCGCAGAGUUCCUGCUGGAUGCACAGCGCAUACUAGACUUCCCAGUCAAGGAGGACGACGUCUGGCUGGUCACCUUCCCCAAGUCCGGUACCACCUGGACACAGGAGUUGGUCUGGUUACUGAUGAACGAGUUGGACUUCAAAACAGCGAAAGAGAGCUGCAUCACCGAACGGUUCCGGUAUAUCGAGCGCAUGUGUACGCUGCCCAAGGCGACCAGACGGGGGGCCCCGGACACAAUCCAGCUGGCCGUGGACCAACCAUCCCCCAGACUCAUCAAGAGCCACCUGCCGCCGGCACUGCUGCCUAGGCAGCUGUGGACCGUCAAGCCCAAGAUCAUAUACGUUGCCAGAAGUCCUACGGACGCCGCCACCUCCUAUUACUACUUCAAUCGUCUCGUUCACGGAAUUAGUCUCUCACUGGAUGAGUUCCUCGAGUGUUUCCUCGCGGAUGUUGUGCAAUUCACUCCCUACUGGACAAGCGUUCUGGAAUUUUGGAACCUGCGGAAUGAGCCCAAUAUUUUGUGGAACACCUACGAAGAAAUGAAACAGGACUUGGGAGCAGUCAUCCGCAAGACAGCCGCAUUCCUGGGCAAGAGUGUGACAGACGAACAGUUGCACCAACUGGAGGGCCACCUGAGCUUCACCAGCAUGAGGGCUAAUCGGGCCACCAACUGCAGCGACGUGAUGCUCAGUUUGAGGACCAGUAUCGGUCUACCGCCGCCACCCUCCGAUCAGACCUUCAUGCGAGAGGGCAAAGUAGGCCAGGCCAAGCUGCACAUGUCCCCAGAAAUGAACUGUCGCUUCGACCAGUGGAUUCAGGAAAACAUUCGUGGCACUGGGUAUGAUGGCCCCGUCUAAGACCAGCUACUGUUAUCAGUGCAUCAGAGAGAUCAUAUUCAGCACUGGAUGUAAUGACGACAUCUGAGAUCUGUCACUGCUAGUGGGGGAUCAACGAAACAUAUAUUCGAAGCCCAUCUGAGACCAACUAUCGUUACCAGGCAACAUAUGAGAAGCCAGAGAUUAUGGCCCCAUUUGAAAUCUGAUAACAUUACAGGUUGAUCAGUGACGACAUAUGGAGCACCGAACUCGAUGAUCACAUCUCAGACUUGUCACUUACCAGCAUCUCAAAGAGAACACACAGAUAUUACCUCUCACAACAAAAUUUCAACUGAAUUCCACUUGCACACAAGUAAUCUAUUUUUUCUUCAAAUUUACAGUCAGUCUGACUCUCUCAGUUAUACCCUCAUUGCAAAACCGUCUCUUCUCUUUCCUUCUUUCCCAGUUCCUUUCUCCUUCAUACUAUUGCCCCAUCCAUCCCCCAGUCCCCUUCAAUUGCUGUCUCCUACCUCCCUACCCCAUAUAUUCUGGUUUCCAUAUCACAUUCCACCUGACCCCUCUGUUUAUAGUUACGCCUCAGAACGCUAAAGAACUGUAUCCUUCCCCACUGUAGGUCCUUCAACUCUGAAUGAAUGUAUUGCACUGCUUCACAAGAUAUCUCUCCUUUUUAUCUUACUCGAUGAUUUAUUUCCUUCGAUGAAAACAACAGGUUUUUAUAUAUCGUCAAUGUAUAUCACAUUCCAAAUAAUUCUAAGACCGCAUGUAAGUAUUUAAUCUCCUUAACUGUAUCACUAGCUGUAAUUUAAACCCAUUAGGACGAGGAGAGAAAAAUCUGUACCACUGGCAGUACAUUCUCCACUAAUGAGGAGCGACAGAGACGAAAUAACACUUCAGUAAAAAUAAUACGUAUUUGUUUCUCAUACCUUUUUUUGUUCCUAGGACACCUACAGAUCUGAUACAUCAACCGGCAAACUGAAUAUCACACAGUAAGCACUGAGCCAUAUAUAAUGUUGCACUAAUGCACACACAUCUAAUAUCCCACAACCUAUGCCUUAGCUCUACUCUCCAGCUGUAGCUUCAACUAACUACCACUUUAAACCCAUGAAAAUUGUUCUUAUAUAAUUCGGUUGUACCAAAUACAGCCUUCAACACUGUACCCCAACGUUAUUAUAACAUGAUAAUGGACGACAUUACAUAGUAAUAUGUACAGCAACAUCACACACAAACACACACACACACACACACACACACACACACACACACCAACAUAUAUAUAUAUAUAUAUAUAUAUAUAUAUAUAUAUAUAUAUAUUCUAGU